CAAAUAAACAAACAAACCUUCAAUAAACCUUGUCGUUGGUCGUAAAUCGUUGUUCCCCCUCUCCCAAUCCGCCAUGGCUGCUGUAUUCUCUGCAACAUUAUCACGACCCCACGUCGUACCAUUUCUCUCCUCAUUCCCGCCAAUUCUCCAAACGACGACGACUCGUCGUCUUCCAUUGUCGCGUCAGCCCAUUAUCAGAGCUGUAAACUCAGUUGAACCAGCGAAAGAGAAAGCUGCAACCCCGACCAAGGCAGAGGAUCAGCCUUCUUCUUCUCCUCCUCCUACCAAUACUCUCAAGCCGAAGAAGAAGCCUGUUUACUCAAUGAAGAAAGGGCAGAUUGUGAGAGUGGAUAAAGAGAAGUACCUCAAUAGCAUAAAUUACUUGUCAGUAGGCCAUCCGCCAUACUACAAGGGCUUGGACUACAUCUAUGAAGAUCGCGGCGAGGUGCUAGAUUUAAGGAUCUUUGAGACAGGAGAGUAUGCACUUGUUGCAUGGGUUGGAGUCCCAACUGCACCAGCUUGGCUGCCAAUUGACAUACUCAUCCAGUCUGAGAAACUCGAUUAUGAAAGACUGUAAUUAGAAAAAUGCUUCUCUUACCAUAAAGCCUUGGCACUAAUGCAUCCAGAGCUGCAGGAGAAGUUAUUCUGAAAGACUUUGUGCAAUGUAUAGCUUUGACUUAUAAAAGGAAAUUCACCAA